GGUGAAAUUUUACAGAUCGAGGCCCAAUUGUCCCUCAUCACCGCCGAUUCUUCCAAACAACAACUAUCCCCGACGCCUGCACUCCACCGGAGCCCGUGUGCAUAUCCAGUCGGCCGUGUCCGGGCCAUUUUACGUCGUAUCCAUUGAACCUGUCGAUUUCUCCUCAGUGCUGGCGAGGAGUUGUGAAGAGACGGCCUAAAAGAGAAUGCUGCGCGAGAGAGUCAAACGAGCCAUACUGCCUCCUGCUCAGGAGAAUAUUGACAAGUUAGACAAUGUAAUGAAAGAGGGAAACUACUAUGGAGCUCAGCAAAUGUUUAAGUCUAUCAGUGCCAGAUACGUGUCCACUGAGAGGUAUACCGAUGCUUUGGAUCUUCUUCAGUUUGGUGCGUGUGCACAAUUGGAGAAUGAUCAGGUUACUUGUGGGGGAGAGCUUGCUGUUUUGUUCGUGGAAACCCUUGUAAAAGGAAAAAUAUCUUUUGACGAUGACACUAUUGACCGCGUCAGGAAAAUCUACAAGAAGUUUCCUAAGGGUACAGUGCCACAACACUUGGAACUAGCUGAUGAUGAUGACAUGCAAAAAGUAACAGAAGCCCUCACCGCUGCAAAAACACGAGUAGAGGCUUGUUCAUCCUUCCUAAAAGCUGCCAUCAAGUGGUCCUCAGAAUUUGGAGCACAUAAGUAUGGAUCUCCGGAGUUUCAUGACAUGUUGGCUGAAUAUAUAUACUCAGAGUCCCCUGAGGUGGACAUGGGCAAAGUAUCUUUCCAUUUUGUCAGAGGAAAGAAUCCAAAGAAGCUUGUCUCAACUCUUAUCAAUUUCAUGGGAAAGUGUUACCCCGGAGAAGAUGAUUUGGCUAUUGCUCGGGCAGUAUUGAUGUACUUGAGCCUCGGUAACCUGCGAGAUGCCAACUAUAUAAUUGAUGAGUUAAAGAAGCAAGUCAACUCUAAUGAGAUUGAGUUUCCUGACUCAGAACUAAUGCAGUUCAUCAGUUAUCUUCUUUUGACGUUGCAGAGAGAUGCGUUUCCUCUAUUUCAUAGGUUGAGGCAAUGCUUCAAACCGAGUAUAGAUAGAGAUCCAACAUUUAAUGAGUUGUUAGACGAAAUAGCACAGAAAUUUUAUGGAGUACAACGCCAAAGCUCACUGCAAGGAAUGCUUGGAGAUUUCUUUAAGAUGAUGGGGGGUCAAUAGUCGACACAAGCCUUUGCCUUUGCUAGGGAGCAUUUACUACACCAGUUGGGUUCUUGAUAUCAUGUGCAAUUCAGAACUCUAUCUAUACUCGAACGGUGGGGGCAUUAUGUUCGAUGGUUUGUCCUUUUUUCCCUCAAAAACUUAUACUAUCACUCCUAGCAUGGAUCACAGUUUUUCGGGGUCUUCAUGGAAACAGCCUUUCUACUCCUAACACGAGGUAAGGUCUGGUGUAUCCCCCCCCACCCCGAGGCUCGGACCGUACUCUUUGGUGGGAUAUAGUGGGGCUGUUUGUUCGUUUGUAAUUAUAAUAAAUAUUCUACUGCAUGCGAACAUCUUUCUGGUUAUGUGAUUGGUUCUAUAGCGCAAAAUUGAAGUGUAUUCUCUUUUAUAUGUGGCUUUUCAUGUUGGGAUUUGUUUGAAAACAAUGUUAAUUGAUAUUUACUGGAUUUAAGUUUAAAUGUAGCUAUUUUUCAAUUAAACUUCAGUUUUGGUC